CUCCAUCGCUACCCCGGCGCAUGUUCUCACGGCCCGAACGGCCGAACCGCUAAGAUGUGCUCAUUCUACCGAUAUUUCCAAUAUUUCUUUUUGGAUUUCGCACUUCUCUCCCAUAAAAACCACCACUCGCUUGCGCUACUCUUUGUUCCAAGUUCCAACCCCUCCUCUCUUCUUCUCACCUAAUUCCAAUCGAUGAUGAGACCCCUGGCCCUUCUCUUCUUCCUCUCCCUCCUCCUCUUGCCUCUUUUCACCGUCGCCGGAGACUGCGACUGCUCCCCCGACGACGGGGACCGGAACAAAUCCAAAGCCCGGCCGCUCAAAAUCGCGGCCUUUUUCUCCAUCCUGGUCUGCGGCGCCAUUGGCGUCUGCCUCCCGAUCUUGAGCAAAUCAAUCCCGGCUCUCAGUCCGGAGAACGAUAUCUUCUUCGUGAUCAAAGCCUUCGCCGCGGGCGUCAUACUCGCCACGGGAUUCAUCCACAUACUUCCGGACGCUUUCGAAAACCUGACCUCGCCGUGCCUCAAUGAUAACCCCUGGGGGAAGUUUCCCUUCGCUGGAUUCGGGGCGAUGCUUGGUGCCCUCGGGACGCUGAUGGUGGAUACUCUGGCGACGAGCUAUUUUAGCCGGGCGGCGAGGGCGGUGGGCAAUGAGGAUAACAAAGGGGAUGCCGAGAUGAAUGGGUCUGCAGGAGAUCAUCGUGUGGUCCACGUGCACGCCACCCACGGCCACGCUCAUGGGCCCGCCGUCGAUGGCUCCGAGAAGCUCGUACGCAAUCGCGUCAUCUCUCAGGUAUUGGAGUUGGGGAUCGUGGUCCAUUCGGUGAUAAUUGGGAUAUCGCUGGGUGCAUCAGAUAGUCCCUCCACCAUAAGGCCCCUGGUAGCUGCUUUAAGCUUUCAUCAAUUCUUUGAAGGCAUGGGCCUUGGAGGAUGUAUUGCUCAGGCAAAAUUUAAAAUCAAGUCAAUAGCAACGAUGAUCCUCUUCUUCUCCCUCACAACUCCCGUUGGAAUAGCAAUUGGUUUUGGAAUAUCAACUGUUUAUAAUGAGAAUAGUCCUACUGCUCUGAUCGUUGAAGGCUGUCUCAAUUCAGUAGCUGCAGGAAUUUUAAUCUACAUGGCUCUUGUUGAUCUUCUAGCCGAAGAUUUUAUGAAUCCAAGAGUACAAAGCAAGGGAAAGCUACAAUUUUGGAUAAAUGUCUCCUUGCUUAUAGGAGCAGGCUUAAUGUCUCUUCUUGCUAAAUGGGCAUAGACAUUUAAAUAGAUAAGGACAUCCUGGUGAUAAAUUUUUUUCCCUAAUUCCUUUCUUUCCCUCCUUGCUAUACUCAAUUUAUGCUUGGUUGAUAAAACAGGGGAUGUUUUCAUUUUUCUUUUUCUCCCCUCUUGUAACGCAGGAAGUUUGAGCCAUCUAUAGUUUGAAAUAUAUAAACAUCUUGCUGUCAAAA